UGCGGGGCGGAAAGAGGCGGGACCGGGGCGGGCCUGGAGGGGAGGCGGAGCAAGCCCGGGCUCGGGCCCUUUCGCGACGCUCCCUGGAGCUCCUGGGCAGCUGUUCCGCGGUGCCUGCGGGAAGGAGGGAGGUGGCAGCAGCGGCUGCUGCCCGAGGAGAAGGAGCAGGAGGAGGAGGACCCAGGCACGCACGGAGGGGAUGAGAGCCGGGCGCUCGGGCUAGGCGGCGGCCGCAGGAUGAGCAGGGACAGGCUGGAGAAGGGGCCGGCGGCCCAGGCGAAGGACUGAGCAGCGCGGGGAGGGCAAGCGCCGCUGCAGCCGGCAGACCGACGGGAGCGCUGGAAGGCUGCACGAUGCUGUGGUCCCUCUGGUUCCCACUCCUGUUCCUGGCCCCUGGCGCCAGGGCCAUUCGCCCGUGUUUCCCAGGCUGCCAUUGUGAAGUGGAAACCUUCGGCCUGUUCGACAGCUUCAGCUUGACCCGGGUGGACUGCAGCGGCCUGGGCUCCCACAUUGUGCCGGUCCCCAUCCCCCUGGACACAACCUACCUGGACCUGUCCUCUAACCAGCUGGAGACGGUCAACGAGUCCAUGCUCACAGGACCGGGCUACACCACCCUGGUGGGCCUCGACCUGAGCUACAACCGCAUCGCCAAGAUCUCCUCCGCCACCUUCUCCCGGCUGCGAUACCUCGAGUCCCUGGACCUGAGCCACAAUGCCCUGGCAGCCCUGCCUGAGGAGAGCUUUGCCAGCUCCCCCCUGAGUGAGGUGGAUCUGAGCAGCAACAAACUCAGAGAGGUCUCCCUGGAGAGCUUCACCUCUCGCGGGCAGGGGAAGCCCCUCAAUGUGGACCUCUCCCAUAACCUCCUCACCCGGGUGAUUCAGCCAUCCCUGGACCGGGCCCCCAAUAUCCAGAGCCUGAAUCUCUCCUGGAACCAGCUGCAGGAGGUGCCUGACCUCCAGGGCCUCCCUCUGCGCUACCUCAACCUGGACGGCAACCUCCUGAGCAGGGUCCGGGCAGGGGCCUUCGCCGGGUUGAAGGACCUCAUUCACCUGUCCCUCAGCAGCCUGCGCUGCUCUACAGAGCUCGCCCCCUUUGCCUUCCGUGACUUGCCAAGCCUCCAGGUUCUGGACUUGUCGGGCAACCCCAGUCUCCAGUCGGCCAGGGCCGAGGUCUUCUCCAGCUUGAACUCCCUGCAGGAGCUGAACCUGUCAGGCACGGGGCUGUCGGUCCUGCCCGACAGGCUUCUGAAAUACCUCCCAUCCGUCAAAAGCAUCACCCUGGGGAAGGACCUCUGGUGCGUCAAGGUGGUCAAAGAGGGCCAGUACCGACGAGAGAUGAGCCGGACCAGAAAGGAGGUCCUGUACUGCCAUGACAGCCACGGCGCCGUGGCCAAAGCCCCCUACGUCUUGUGACGGACCUUAGCUACCGCCGGGAGAGCUGGAAAUAGAGAGGGCCCCUGGAGGGUCUGGGGAAGGGUGGGACUCCCAAGGAGGUGAAAGGAAAGCUAGGCCUCCAUUACAAGCAGGUACUGAGGCCUACCCUCAUGCCAUUUUUUGGUAAGCCUGUCAAUUUAAUUUAUAUUUAUAUGUGCCAAUACCAGGUCCGACUCCUGAGUGAGUGUGAGUGAGAGUGUGUGUGUGUGUGUGUGUGUGUGUGUGGUGCCUUUCCACUUGUUCUGCUCCCAGCUCCUGCCCUAAACAAAAAUUCCUAGCAGGGGACUUCUCUCCCAGCCUCCUGGGUAGCACUUGGGAUCAGUUAGAGAAUUUGGGGAACCAGCCAUAAGAGCUGAGGUGUGAUGGGAAACACUGCUAACGCCAACUUGGACAUCCCCCUUCUGAUUCAGACACCUCUCUUCUGGACUCCGAGGGAAGACACGGAGGUCUUUGGGAAUCCCCUUCCCCACCCAUGGGUCUGGGGAGACAACAGAGCCUAGGAGGAAGUUCAGGACAAAGAGAAGGAAUUCUUCAAGGCAAACAGAAGUCUGGGGGCUUGCUCCCUCCAUUUCAGAAAGCCCCCUGCCCCUAUUCCAGCAUUUCCCAGCACACAUCUCCAACGGGCCCCUUAUUCUUGACUUAGAUUUCCCCUGACUCGGACAUCAGCCCUUCCCCACCCACGCCACCCACAGCCAUGUAAUGUAGCCCGUGGCUCGUCUGGUGCCAAAGUGGGCCCCGAGCCCAUCUCUGCCUAUAUACCCUUGGUGUUUUUCCCAAAGUGCCUUCCCCCAAUGCCUUGAUUCACACUGUGCUCAGGCAUCUUUCUCUUAGGGGGUUUGUUUUGUUUAUUUUUUUUUUUUUAAUAAUGGACAAGCUGAACGAGUAAAUCAAUAAAGAAGGUAGUUAUACCGAA